AGACUGACGCGUUGACUCCGCCCCAUUUCCUUCGAGCUGGGGUCGGGGUCACAGAUCAUGACGGGGCAACACUUCUCGAUACGAGACCGGAAUCAAAGUUCAUAUUGUUACCGACUCAACCAGCGUUAUAGCUUAAUGUGGAGAACCGUUUCCACAUAAUUUGGUCCUUUUGAGAGCAACUUUGAAAGCAGUAUAGCUUUGUUUCGGACAGACCAGAAAGCCAGGAAAGGCCACAUAGGGAACACCGCUUGCCCCGUCACCUAAAGUUGGCUAUCAACCCCAUCUGGUUCACCCUCCCCCUGCUUCCGCUACUUGCACUCAUAGACAACAUGGACGUAAGUCUCUGAAAACAACCAAUAAAAGUAUAACAAGCUCCGUCUCCAAAUCUAGCCGGUGUACACCACGUUCUGUUGGGAUAUAUCCUGCUGAUGCUCUCUGAAAUAAGAGAAAGCUAUCAUGGCACCUUUGUGCACAAGUGUAAAUUCUCUCCGCAGAACCUCUUCAUAGAAUGUAUUAUAUGUUAAAUCUAUAAAAACAAUUUAUAACAAGAAGGCAAGGAAAACUAUAGCUGUAAAUACAACAUUUAAUUUGUGUCUUUCUUGAAGUGUCAUUCUCAUUUUGUAGUUUUUUGUUCUUUAUAAUGGUUACCCCUUUGCUUGUUUUUUUUUCUCCCUCUGUGUUACCUUUUACAUUCUGCCUCUUAACUGUAUGUUAUUGUAUUAUGACAUGAAUUCCAAUUAUCUUUUGAUGUAUUUUGAAUUUGUUAAUUAAAGUUUGGGAAGAGAAAAAAAAAACUUUGUCACGUGAUUUAACGGAAGCGCCAGCCGGCGAUCUAUGAAACAAGAUGGCAUCGCCACCGGGUGGAGGAGAUCAAGGAGACUCCAGAGAUCCGAUAUUGGAAAUAGCAGCAAAAUUAUUAACAGAUUUUAUCUAUGAGCGGAUCUGUCGAUAUUGGGGGAGCAAUACUGUGACCAGGCAACAGCUGGGUGGAGAAGAGCUGUGUGACCCACGUCUUAAGGACAUCAGUGACUGUCUACAACAGAUUGGAGAUGAACUGGAUGGAAAUGCAAAUUUCCAGGAGUUGAUAAACACUCAGCCUCUCAUUCUUACAAGUGAGAUGUUUAUAGAAGUUGCCCGAGAGCUAUUUUCUGAUGGAAAAUUCAAUUGGGGCAGGGUGGUUGCUCUCUUCUACUUCGCCUGUCGACUCGUAAUCAAAGCUCUAAAAAGAAAAAUUCAUGACAUCAUCAGAACCAUAAUUACGUGGACUAUGGACUACCUCAGGGAACACAUGGCCAACUGGAUAAGGGAGCAAGGUGGCUGGGAGGGUAUUCGUUCCUACGUUUGCACUCCCACAUGGCAGAUGUUGGCGGUAUUCCUGGCAGGACUAGUGACCGCUGCGUUUGUCAUUUGCAAGAAGUGAGGGGCACGUGAAGCGCAGACAUGAGAAAGAUGGGAUGGACUACGAUAAUCAGUUCCCAGAGUCUGAACCAGACAUGGAGAAGCUGCAUUCAGCUUCUAUGCUCCACAUGUCUGGAACAAACUCCCAGAAAGCCUCAGAUCAGCUGAAACACUCAGUUUAUUUAAAUCCAGG